GAAAGGUGCACGCGCGCAUUCAACACGGUUGUGUGGCCCUCGAUCCGAGGUUCUUGUGUGAUUUUGUGGAUUUAUACGAUCGGAAACGGAACGGAUUGGCUCCAGCCCCAGAGCCACAAAAAGCCGUCGGUUUUUUUAAUAUCAUAAAAAUUGUGAUCGCAAAUUGGCCGGGCCUUAAGCUAUUACUUAACGCGAUAUGUUGUGCGUCAUUCGGGCCAUUUGAUUUGCAAAUUUCAACAGAGUUUUUCUCUCUCUCUGUCUCCAUAAAUCUUGAUUUAAUCAAAGUGUUGAAUAUGCAAUGAUUCUAUGAAUACCUAUGAUAAAGGCCAAUGCAAAGAAUAGCCAAUAAUCAAAGCAAAUAGUGUGCAAUAGAAACCCCAGAUUGGAUCUAAUAAUAUAAGUAAAUAGUUAUCAUACAUAGCACUAAGCAAAUUAAAUAAAUACAAGUUAUUGAUCAAGUGUCAAACAUUGUGGCUGAUCGAAGUGAAUUAUGAAAUAAUAAUCAUUUAUGCCAAAUACUAUUGGAGUUAGCUCUUUAACCAAAUGGAUAUCGCAAAUUGAAUCUUUCGAGCAGAGAGAAUUGAUGUCAAAUAUUUGCAAACGUGCGAUCGACGAAAUGUAUGCGGAUAAUAAACGUGGCCUAGACAAGGUGACGGCAUUGACCCCGCCCACCCACGCCCUCCAGCAGCAACAGCAUCCCCUACAGCAGCAGCAACAUUUGCAACAUGUCCUGCAAUUGCAGCAGCAACAACAACAGCAACAGCAGCAACACCUUCAACAGCAACAUCAUUUGCAGCACCAAAUGCAUACGCAUCAUAACUUCCAGCAGCAUGAAACGCCAGCAACACUGGCGCAACAGCAACACAUGCAACAGCAGCAGCAACAGACGACACAGCAGCAACAUGCAACACAGCAGCAGCAGCAGCAACAGCAACAACAACAACAACAGACAGCCGGCAUGUUUACAAGAUUCGAUGCCAACAAAUCGACCAAGGGCGCCUCGAAGAUGCGACGCGAUCUCAUAAAUGCGGAGAUAGCCAAUCUGAGGGAUCUCCUGCCGCUGCCCCAAUCGACGCGCCAGCGCCUCUCGCAACUCCAACUGAUGGCCCUGGUCUGUGUCUAUGUGCGGAAAGCCAACUACUUCCAACAAGUUUUCAAACGACACAAUGCGAUGCAUCAUCUUCAUCACCAGACAGCAACACCAAAUAUUGGCUUCUCAAAGGCACUCUCCGGCUUCUUGAUGAUGCUCACACAGAAUGGCAAAUUGCUCUAUAUAUCGGAUAAUGCUGCCGAGUACUUGGGCCAUUCCAUGGAGGAUCUGCUGAUACAUGGUGACUCCGUUUACGAUAUCAUUGACAAACAGGAUCACGCAACCAUCCAGGCCGAACUGAAUAGGAACGUGCCACCGCAGCCGGGUGGCUCAAGUCAGGCGAACAGCAGUGGUGCCGGUGGUGCUGGCGGUGCCGGCGACUCAACGUCCAGCAAUGGAAGUGCCGGUGGCGGUGGUGCUGGUGGCGCCUCCAGUCUCGAGGGCGAGCAUCGCAUGUUCCUCUGUCGCAUGAAUGUUAGCCGCAAUGCGCGACGGCAAAUGCGUUUCGGCGAUCAAAAGGUUGUCCUGGUCCAGGGUCACUAUUUGUCAUUCCUGCCGCUCUGCAGUCGCAACGAGCCCGUCUUUCUGGCCACCUGCACUCCAAUAGCCAUGCCCGAGACCAGGGAGUGUGUGGUACAAGGUGCCACCAACGUCUUCACCACCAUCCAUUCGAUGGACAUGAAAAUAGCCCACAUCGACAAGAAUGGCGAGUUUCAUUUGGGCUAUGAUAAGGCCACGCUGCAGGGUACAUCCUGGUAUAACCUGAUCCACAGCGAGAAUCUGAGGGAGGCGCAAAAUAAGCACAGAUUAAUUACGCAAUCGGAACAGGAUCGCAGUUGUAUCCUGCUGGUACGAAUGCAAAGAUCAAGUGGAGAAUACACGUGGGUCCAUGUCGUCUUACAAGUUCGAGAUAGUCCCGACUCCACUCAACAACCUGUUAUCGUAUGCACAAACCAAGUACUCAACGAUCGCGAAGCCUCCAUAAUGCUGGCCAACUCCUGGCUGUAUCACUACUAUACCGUCCAGUCGAAGAUCCAGUUUGGCAUGCCGCUGGACAGUGGCAUCCGUGUCCCACCGGGAACCCCUUCCAGUGGAUAUUACAGUCCUCAUUCGUCUCAUCCGCCAGCCACUCCAGGUGGUACCACGCCCAGCCUGGGCAUAGCCAGCAGUUUUGGCAACCACCACCAUCCCCACCACUCACACCAUCCGCACCAUCAUCAUCAUCAUCACCACCCGGCGACCGCCUACCAUCAUCAUCCCCACAUGGGAACCUAUGGUGGAGUCUAUCAUGCCGAGUCAGCAAUCGAACUUAAAGAGGAUCAACCGCUGUUCAGUUUUCAAGAGCCCGUGGACUAUAGCCAGGUGAACAGUCAGGUGAAUCCUCCCAACGCAGCAAGUACUCCCAAUCCUCCCACCUCCAAAUCGUCUACGCCUCCGCCGCCCAAGAAGCGGGCUCGCAAGCUGGAACCUCUUUACCUACACGCCGAACGUUCUCCGGCGGCGGCAAUAACUCCGGAACCAGAUUGCUAUGCCAUCCAUACCCAUCCGGCAGCUGCUUAUGCCACCUCAUCUGUGGUCAGUAGUGAUGCUUCGGUUAUCUACGCCACCAUAGUACCGACGAGACCGAGGUUACCCAAUAAAUCACUGCCUCCGGAUCCUGCGGAUUUCAUAGAGCAAUGGAAUCCCAGUCCGCCAUGGUCAGAAUCAGCGCAAAAAGCUUCCUUGGACAGUUUUGGAUCCUCCCACGAGCUAAGCCCCUGCAUCACGACCACACCCCCUACGCCCACCAGUGCAACACCGCAUCAAAGUGGUUUGGGCACCACCCAGACCAUAGGACCUGCUUUUAGUUUCGAAUGGAUGUCGGAUCCUUUGGUCCCUGUUACAUACCAACAGUGGCCACCAACCGGUGACCAUCAUCAGCAUCUUUCGCAGCAUUUGAGCCAGAGUCAGAAUCACCAAAAUCCCCUCCAGCAGCAGCAGCAACAACAUCAGCUUCUACUUGGACAACAGCCACAUCUCCACCAGCAACAUCAGCAUUUAGCACUUCAUCAUGGACGUGGGGAGCACGCCCUGGAGGGGGAUACUCAGGGGGUGGUGGUGGUGCCACCGAUACCCAUUUCGAUACCGAUACCAACGGCCACGGGCCAUGGGGAUGCCGGCGAACCGGUUGAGGAUAGAGAUCCAAAAAAUUAGUGAUCAGCGCAAGCUUGGAAAUACCCAGAGAGAUCACAGAUCGGAGAACGGAGAACUGCCAUGGCGGCCAGGUGAUAAUCACACUUAAAUUAAUUGCCACUUGUCAUCUUAGCGUUUAAAUUAUUUUUAUCUAACGAAGAAAACAAAAACGCAAACGCUAUAGCCACUCGUUUUCUCGAUAAAAACAGCUAAUUUAAGCGAUUUCCAUAAAGCCCUUUUGUUUUCCCAUUUCCCAUUUUGUAUGUGCAAUCUUGAAAAACAACACAUUAAAAAAAUAUAAGUACGAGUCUAUAAGCAUGAAAAUAGCGCUUGGAAAUUACUUUUGCGAUGGGACCGCAAAAAAAAGAGAGAAAAUAUUGAAACGGAAGCUAACGAAAUAUAUCCAAGCCAAGCCAAGAGAGCUCUAUUAGUUGUAGCGUUUUUAUUAGCGACAUUUUUAUGGCGCGCGCUUAAAGUUUUUUACGAUCACUCGUAUUUUGCA